AUGGCGCACGUCUCGCAUCUCGAGGCCGCCUUUGAGCGCAUCAGCGUCGCCGAUGAAAACGACGACGACCAGGUCGCCGCCCCCCACAAGGCCAAAGCGUCCCUAGCGACCACGGCGUCCGCGUCGCUGGCCGGGCUCGCGUCGUCGGCGUCGGCCGCGAACCGCAUGAAAGUGCCGCUGCAGAAGCUCGCGGCCGCCAAUGCCAGCAAGCUCGCCCACGGCGCCGUCGCCAAAGCCGCGGCCAGACCCGUCGCGGCGGCGGCGGCGGCGGCCGCGGCGCAGCCCGCGCGCCCGUCGGACGGCCACCGCCGCACCCUCACCGACAGCGCCGUCCCGCCGCAGCCGCAGCCGGCGGCGCCCAAGCAGUGGCACCUCGGCAUGUUCGAGAUUGGCAAGCCGCUCGGCAAGGGCAAGUUUGGCCGCGUCUACCUGGCCAAGGAGCGCACGUCGGGCUUUGUGUGCGCGCUCAAGGUGCUGCACAAGUCGGAGAUCCAGCAGGGCAAGGUCGAGAAGCAGGUGCGCCGCGAGAUUGAGAUCCAGUCGCACCUCGCCCACCCCAACGUCCUGCGCCUGUUUGGCCACUUCCACGACGCCAAGCGCAUCUUCCUGAUCCUCGAGUUCGCCGGCAAGGGCGAGCUGUACAAGCACCUGCGCCGCGAGCAGCGCUUCGCCGAGCCCAAGGCCGCCCAGUACGUCGCCCAGAUGGCCUCGGCGCUCAAGUACCUGCACAAGAAGCACGUCAUGCACCGCGACAUCAAGCCCGAGAACAUACUCGUCGGCGUCCACGGCGAGAUCAAGAUCAGCGACUUUGGCUGGAGCGUCCACGCGCCCAACAACCGCCGCAACACCAUGUGCGGCACCCUCGACUACCUGCCCCCGGAGAUGCUCAAAGGCGCGGGCAAGGACAACUACUACACCGAAAAGGUCGACCUGUGGAGCCUGGGCGUGCUGACGUACGAGUUCCUCGUCGGCGAGGCGCCCUUUGAGGACACCCAGGUCAUGACCCAGCGCAAGAUUGUACGGGGCGAGUACACCGUGCCCGCGUUUGUGAGCGCCGAGGCCAAGGAUCUGAUCAAGAGGCUGCUCGUCCUGGACCCCGAGAAGCGCAUCGCCCUCGAGGACGUUGAGAGACACCCCUGGAUCCUCAAGCACUGCAACGGCAGCUCGAGAGCCUACGACCGCAAUUCAGACAAGUUUAGGAAGAGUUCGGAUUGA